UUCUGUUCUGAACUCUUAUUUUUCAGUUUGGCUAUAAUUUGUAGAACAAUUCAAAUGAAAAUUGUACCAAAUGAAAGAUUGGCGUGAGCAUACAAGCACAUGAUGGCAUAAGCUUGACCUAAGCAUAAAUUGCAGAUUGCUUUAAUUCUAACAACUGCUGUUUGUCAAUUGUCAUGGAUGAUAAAUAGACCAUGUCUGGUGUGCACUCACAGCUUUAGUUGCCCUCUAUCAUAGGGCGAGUACGUGCCUCUUUUUUCAAUACUAGCCCCAGGCACUGAUCCAUGAGCGUUCCCCACUAGCAUUCCUCCCCUAAUCUCUCUCUCCACUCUCUCUCUCUCUCUCUCUCUCUCUCUUGGAUUUAAUAAUUUGAUUGUUGACUUCUUGUGACAAUGCUAAUCUUUCCUCUAUAGCUAGCUUUCCUCUCCUAUUUAUUUUUCAUUUACUUUUAAUAUCUUCCUUUCCUUUUGUCAUCUGAGUGAAUAUAGCAAGUCAGGAUGAUUACUGCCAGAAAUACUCCAAGGCUGCUGAGAGCCCUUAACUACUCAGCUCCACCACCCGAGUCUGUUGUGGCGGAGUCUGACUUGGUGGUGAUUCUGGCUGCUCUACUUUGUGCUCUCAUAUGCUUGGCGGGGCUUAUUGCAGUGGUUCGGUGUGCAUGGCUGCGGCAGAGCUCUGCAGGCGGAGAGCUCGGAGGCCAUUCGGAGGAAAUAUUGCAUAAUAAUAAUAACAACAGGAGAGGACUGAAGAAGAAGGUGGUGGAAUCCCUUCCAAAAAUCAGCUACGACGGCCGUGAUGAGUACAAGGGUGGUGGGGGCGCACUGAGGGUGGGGGAAGAGUGUGGGAUAUGCUUGGCGGAGUAUGGGGAUGGGGAGGAGAUAAGGGUGCUGCCGCCGUGCAGUCACAGCUUCCAUGUUAGAUGCAUCGAUACCUGGCUUGCUUCUCACUCCUCUUGCCCCUCCUGCCGUCGCCAAAUUCUCCUCCUACGCCUCCCUGCCUGUCAGAAAUGCGGCCAUUCCCCAGCUGCCACAGCCAAUAUCUCUGGCUGCGUUGAGGCCAGAAGAGAUCAUGCCUACCCUCCUGCCUUUUUACCUUGAAACCACCAUACCAUGCUCACCAACACCCCCCCCCCCCCCUCCCCCUCCACCUCCACC